GGAAAUGGUGAAUCUUCUGAUUAUCAUCUACUCAAGAAUUGCUAUGAACAUGUCUACUUCUGAGCUAAUUAACCAGCAUGAUCUACAUGAUUUGGCUACGAUCACAGCCGUUGAAUCGACUAGAAUGGGAUCCACUGAGCUGGACACCAGGGCAUAACCAAGUGUGAAAGACGAGGUCAAACAACGUGGGGGACUAUCAGGGCUUUAACUGUCCAACCCCACUAAUCAACCCCACGCGAAGAAAGGUAACUAACUUAACUGCCAGGCCACUUUGCUUUCCUUAUAACUUGAAAACCCAGAGUUUGUUUUCAGUUUAGUAGCUGAGUUUCGAGAGAUUUUUGAGGCUUUCAGGAAAGGAAAAAAAUGGGUUCUUUUUCUCUUCCAAAACUCUGCAAAAACAGUGCUUUGUUUUCUCUGGUUUUGGUCUUCGUGGUCAUGGUUGCUGCUACUUCUUUUGAGUUCAAGGUUGGUGGAGAGAGAGGGUGGAGAAAACCAACUGGGAAUGAGUCUGAAACCUAUAAUGAAUGGGCUACCAGGAACAGGUUUCAUGUUGGGGAUUCUCUUCAUUUCAAGUACAACAACGACUCAGUGCUGGUGGUGAACAAGACAAGCUACACCAAAUGCAGUGUGUCAAAUCCAAUCUUUAAGUUCGAAGAUGGGGACACUGUUUUCCAGUUUGAUAGAUACGGGUUCUUCUACUUCAUCAGUGGGGAGCGCGGUCACUGCAAAGCUGGUCAGAAACUGAUCGUUCGGGUGAUGGUGCACCCUGCAAUCAGUUCUCCUCAGCCUGCACCUUCACCUAAUGGGGAUGAUGGAUCUGAUCACGAUGGGGGUGGUUGGGACUCAUUUUGGGGGCCGCCACCUCAGAAUUCUACCAUCAAGCUGACGGUUGCAUCCUACUUCAUGACUGCCCUUGGGGGCAUGUUGGUUAUUAUGUAUUUGCUAAUGUAGUAUACUGUCUAGUUUAGAAGCUGUUUAUUUGGUUUCAUUCCUUACCUCCAUGGUUUGUUUUAUUAGAUAUUCUUAAAACUAUUUUGUGCUUUCUGUUGUUUGAUGACUCUUUCUGUCAUGGUUUGGUUGCUAUGUA